AUGAGUGAGUAUUGUGAAGAAGGGAUUGUAACACCAAAUCGGUCCAAAUCAAUAGCAUCAUCAACUUCAGAGUCCUCUUCUAAUUAUGAUAAAUACUUACAAUUGGCUACCGAGAAGAAUCCUGUUAUGCUUUUAGAAUUGGACCAAGAUGGGACGAUAAGGUACCUUUCGGAUCUUUGGGAGAAAAUUGUAGGACCAAGGGAUUGUUCACAGAUUGCUGACCUUAUUGUAGGUUCUAUUGAGGACAAAUAUGUCUUCCAUAGGGCAAUAGAAAUGAUGUUGAUUAAUGAUAGUGUUAGUUAUACGGUUACUUUUAAUGUGGUCACCGGGGAUAAUAAUGAUGACAAUACAGGUAAGGAUGAGAGCGAAGAAGGAUGUGGAGAUGUUAGCGAUAUGAAUCAAAUAAUGACGUUAGAGGCUUGUGGUAUUUUGAUACGCGAUAAUGAGACUCAGCUACCCACACAUUCUAUGUGGACGGUUAAACCAUAUGAUCCAGAAUGGUAUCAUGAAGAAACAUUGGCAGAUUUACCAGAAGAAUUUGUUAAACGUUUAGGGUUUGGUGCAACUAUAUUUGCAGAAUAUCUGAGACUGGUGGAUUAUAAACAUUGUCUAGAUGGUUCUGACUUGCCAGCUCCCAAAAUGGAAUUAUGCAGAGUUUGCGAAACCUUUGUACCUGCAUGGUGGCUUGAAACGCAUGCGCAGAGCUGUGUAUGUGAACAUCGUAUUGAUUCAUGGAUUCAUCUUUUGCACGAUAGUUUAGUGGAACAAGCCGCCAUGUUGGAAAAUGACCCUGAAUUAAGCAAUGGUUACAAGGGGUUGUCGGUAAGCAUGGAUUCGUUAGCAUCUAAAAAUAUUAUGGCUUCUUUAAAGGAAUUAUGCGAAAUUUCUAUAAAUAUUAACCCAAGUGAACUACGAUCGGUUAAAUCUGCUACUGCUGAAGAUCUAUUGAUCAAUCCGAUUGGUUUGACUCAAGAAAGAAUUGAAGGUUUUUAUGAUUUUUCGCCAAGAAGUAAAUGGAAUAUUCAGAAUGUAAAGAAUUGGCAUCUUUCAUUUAAGGAGGAAAUUGACCAGGAUCAGGGAUUGGCACUUUUAGUACAUGAAACCAUUGAUUUGGCUAAACAGAAGGUAGAAGCUCUUUUGCGUUUCGACAAUGCAAUGACUUAUUCUUUAAGGAUUAAGAAUGAAGUUAAUAAUUGGGUAAUACAACUGAUAGCGCAACGCAUCGAAAAUAACAAAACUAAUUCAAGACUGGUCACCGAAUAUGCAGAUUCACCAAUUGCAGAUACUAGUAUGCAGAGUCAAUCAAGUCAACCUCUAAGGCAAGAAGCAUUAAUACCCUCCACCGCAUUGGCAGAAGGUAGCAUAAUACCGAGUGAAAAUUCUUCAGCUAAAACUAAUCGAAAUAGUAGUGGGAACAUUAGUAGAUGUGCUAGUCAAACUUGUGGCAGUAGUUCUCAACACAGUACUGUAAAUUCUGGCACCAGUUCUGCACGCUCUACUUUUAGUCCCAAAAUUGCAUCACCUCAACCUCAUCGUCCUCGUUCAGAUUUAUUUUCCCGUUCAUAUUUAAUGGCUGACAAUUUACCUAAUCCUGAGUUGCCGCCACUAGACACCGAAGCCGGUAAGAGAGAAACUGAUGUUUGUCCCUGUAGCAGCUCUAGUAAUAGUAACACGAGUGCUACCCAAAGUGCAAACAAAUCGCAAUCUAGAUCAUUCACUCCAAACCAUAAGAAUGACGAUCAACAUCAACCUUUUUCGUUUUUACGUACUGCAUCAAGCGGGACACUGAAUUCAAAUGAUAAGCCUGAUAAUAAUUCUGGUUUAUUCUCGUCACAAGGGCCUAUAAGGAUUGACUCUAAAGGUUCUGCUAACCUCCCAAAGUUAAAAUCUACUAUAUCUUUGACCCCUGGUAGAUGUUCUCCAUUACCGGCCGCUCUAACGAAUAGUCAGGUUUCACGAAAAAAUAGUGGUUCGCAGCCAAGAGGUGGUACUGAUAGUUCAGGAAUGUCUUCACCAUAUGCGAAUUCAAGAGAUUAUUUGACACCAGAGCAACAACCUAAUAGUUCUAAUUUGCCCAAGCAACCACUUUCGCCCUUGCUUUUAGCUACGAAUCAAAUUAAGAGUCCAGCACCAAGUAUUAAAGACUAUACCGUUUUAAAACCCAUCAGUAAAGGUGCAUAUGGUAGCGUCUAUUUGGCAAGGAAAAAACUUACCGGGGAAUAUUUUGCCAUCAAGGUAUUGAGGAAGUCUGAUAUGAUUGCGAAGAAUCAAGUCACCAAUGUUAAAUCUGAAAGAGCAAUUAUGAUGGUUCAAAGUGAAAAACCUUAUGUGGCUCCACUAUAUGCUUCUUUCCAAAACAGAGAUAAUCUCUUUCUAGUAAUGGAAUAUUUGCCGGGAGGUGAUUUAGCUACCUUGAUUAGAAUGAUGGGUUAUUUGCCUGAAGAAUGGACUAAACAGUAUAUCAGCGAGGUCAUUAUGGGAGUAGAUGAUAUGCAUCAAAAUGGCAUUAUCCAUCAUGAUUUGAAACCUGAGAAUCUUCUCAUUGAUUGUAGGGGCCAUGUUAAGUUGACAGAUUUUGGAUUAUCGAGAGCAGGGCUUGUUCGUCGUCAUAAAAACGUCCAUACGUCUAAGCAUUUUAGCUUCAGCAAUAUUAGUUCCAGUCAAAGUCCCGUUAGCCCCAUUUUAGGUUCUGGUGCUGGACGUAGCAAUCAUAAAAGAAAGAGUUCGUUGAAACAUGAAUUUUCCGAAUCCUCUUCAACUUCAAGUCCUUCUGCGGAUGAAGUUACCACGAGAGGGAGAAGAUACUCCGAAUCUAGUGCACACUCUCAUGGUGAUAUAUUUGCAUUGAAGAGAAGCGACUCUCAGGUUUCCUUUUCUAUUACAAAUAUUUCUCGUUCCAACACACCAACACCUCCUCUAUUUGAUACUUCGCAUAUGCGAACGAGUUCUAAUACUUCUGAUAAAAUGAUGGAUACUGGAAAUCCUAUUGAUUUAGCAUUAUUCCAUCCAGAAGACUCCAAACAAGAUAAAAACUUCUUUGGUACGCCAGAUUAUCUAGCGCCGGAAACUAUAGAGGGGACUGGUGAAGGUGACGCUUGUGAUUGGUGGUCAGUGGGUUGUAUUUUAUUCGAAAUGCUGCUUGGAUAUCCUCCCUUCCAUGAAAAAACUCCCGAAGAAGUCUUCAAAAACAUUUUAGCAUGUAAUAUUGAAUGGCCUGAGUUUACUUCACCCGAGGAUCAGAAGGAAUUUGAAACGUCUUAUGCGAGAGAUCUCGUUUCUAAGCUUCUUGUCUUAGAUCCUGCUAAAAGGCUAGGUUCUAAUGGAGCUCAAGAAAUCAAGGAACAUCCUUAUUUCAGCGAUGUAGAUUGGGACCGUGUCUAUGAAGAAGAACCAUCCUUUGUUCCGUCAGUGGAAGAUCCAGAAGAUACUGAGUACUUUGAUCUACGAGGUGCGGCUAUCGAGGAUUUUGGACCAGAUUAUGAUGGUCGCGAGAUGACUGUUGGGGAGGAGGGAGAAGACGAAGGCCAGUUGACAUCUUUAUCACCCUCUAUUGAUACGAGUAAGCGUUCAUCUGGUGCUACGGCGGCGGGUCAAGAAAAUACAAUACAGACCCCCAUGAACAAAUUGAGUCCUUUUGCGCUAGAUUCAGAAUCUCAUGAUAAUAAUAGUACAUUGUCAUCACCGAUUAUGAAACAUAUUCCACUCGCUAUUCCACCUCAUAUGAGGGAUCGUAGAGUCAGUAAGCUGAAUGAAUCACAAACAGAAUUCGGAUCCUUUUAUUACCGUAAUCUAUCAGCAUUGGAUAAGGCCAAUAAGGAUGCAAUCAAUAGGUUAAAGAAUGAACAUUUGACGGAUAGCCCGGGUUUGCAUAGAAGAACAUCGUCGGCAUCUCAUUUCAGUUCCUCCUCUGACAGUUCAGGUUCCAAAAUUAAGCUUGGUAAAGUUUCAGCAUCGGUAUGCGGUUCACCAGGUGGGAAUUUAGCAGGCAAGACAUCAAUAACAAGAGCAGGAUCUCCAACUUUCAGGUCGUCUUCGCCGGAUCGCAGCAUCAAUACUGAUCUUAUGGGUGGACAUUCUAGAAAGGGUAGUGGAGAAAGUUCGAAUAAUUUUUCUGGUGGUUACCAUUUACAGUUUACCGAAGAUUCUCCUAGUUCAAGUAGAGUCAAGUCGCCCGUUUCCCCUAAUACAUCUAUAGUUGCGGCGGGAUCCGGUAGUAUUCUGCCAACUUUAAUCUCAUCAUCAUCAUCAAUGGGUUCAGACCGUACCAAAGCUAUUACAAGGAGCGGGUCUCAAAGAGCUAAUUCGAAUGAAUACAACGAAAGCGAUAGACUACAAGCGGUUUCCAAAGUUCAGUCUAUGCGUUAUAGAAGACGUAGUGGUAGGAAGAGUUCUAACACUGAGGAUGUUCGUUACUACAUGGACGUCCUCGUGUGUGAGCCAAUUUCCAUUCACAGAUACCGCGUCACCAGAGAGUUGGAAGAUCUAGGUUGUGCAGUGAUUGCUGUAGGAGCCGGUGAUGAAUUGAUCGGUAGAGCCACCAGUGGAAUUAAAUUUGAUCUUAUUAUGACGGCAUUGAAAUUACCGAAACUAGGAGCUGCCGAUAUAGUAUCACUUUUAAAGUAUACCAACGGUACAAACUCCACUACUCCAGUGGUUGCCCUCACAAAUUACUAUCAAGAGGCAGUUAGCCUCAAUUUGUUCAACGAUGUGCUCGAGAAACCGGUGCUUGCGGACAGUCUGCGCAAGAUCGUAGCCAAAUAUGCACUCAAGAAGAGUCAGCAACAAGAGGAAACAAUCUUCAGCGAUAACGACUAA